AUGGUGAGCACUGUUCUGAAGCUUACAAGUGGAGACCAAAUCUUUCGAGUGCUGUUCGAGAAGAACCCUGACGAGCUGGACUAUGAGGCCGUGAAAGCAGCAGCAGCUGAUCUCUGCGGCCUUGACUCGCUGUCUAGGUAUCUUGACCAAGAUGGUGUUUCUGUAGUCUUGUCGGAGGAGACUUUCCGGAUCUUCCAGACAACAGCCACGAGGUCCACCCACAGUGCUUCGGUGAUGCUUCUCCGAUUGAAUGUGGGGGAAACCGAGACACCAAAGACUUCCGAAUGGCAGGAGGAUCUUCGUGACCUCGAUGAGUUAUUGGCACAGUUCGACGAGCCUGACAAGCGCAACAGGAAGAAGCGCAAGAAGCGAAUGGCCAAAACGAAGGCCCAGACCAGAAAUUCCAACCGCUCGGAGGUGGAGGUGGAGAUUGCGUGCAGCUCUACAGCAGCAAUUGAGGACUUGGGUCAGGUGGAGAUGCAAACAAGUCAGCCACCUCCAGUGGACAUUGGGACGUCGGAAGUGGAAGACGACCCGGUCAGUGAACUCCCGGUGGACAAUCAGGACGAGGCUUCCGAUGACGCCCUUGUCCGGGCGGCUUCAUGCCCGUGCUUACCAAUUGGUGAGGACCUUGUUGCCGAGGCUCGGGUCUUUGGGUUGAAGACCACCAAGACGAGGUGCCAGCGUGUUGAGCCACCGGAGUAUUCAUGUGGCAGGCUGUUCCGAUUGCAGCCCACUGAGCGUGGCAUGGUCACGGACUUCGACCACUGCAAUGAAGUGGAUUGUCCGGUGGACUGCGGCUGGGGUGUUUGGAGUGAUUGGAGCCACUGCACGGCAUCGUGUGACGGUGGUACACGGCAGAGAGGUAAGCCCAUCAAAGUGCAGAACAACAGCCUCGGGAAGCCGUGCAACAUGGCAGAAGGCAUUCAGGUCGAGGACGCAUCAUCGUUUACUUUGCGCUGUGUGGGCAUGGCGUGUGGUGUCGUGGAUUUUCGGGUCGCAGGAAUCCCAGAAUUCGACUUCGCCAACUGCUCCACAUACCGAGGCUCCACGAGAGAUGUGAAGACAUGCAAUGAGGAGAUGUGUCCCCAAGACUGCAGUUAUGCUGAUUGGGAACAGUGGUCCGAAUGCAGCCGGCCAUGUGGUGAGGGGACGGCCAUCCGCUAUCGCAUCAUUGACACGCCAGCUGCACGGGGCGGUCAAGUCUGCCUCGGUCCGAAACACGAGACUGGGGGCUGCAAUGGCACUGACUGCGUCACAACGGCGGAGUUGAUCCGGAAAGGCUACGCAUCUCAAAUCACUGGCGCCAUGCACAUCAUCACCGAAGAUCCUGUGAGCUACGCGGCGAAUCCCUUGGUGGAGCAGGUGAGUCGCGAGGCAUUGGCCGAGUUCGCAGAGUUGCCUGUGCGACGUGUGCAUGUGUCGAUGAUGCCGGAUGCCAUGAAGCCCCGGGAUGUGGUCAACUGGUUCAGCAUGCUCGUUCCGAACUCAACAAACCUGACAGCAGUGCUCGACUACAUUUCCAAGAAGGAUCUGACACAUGCUGGGCGUAUCCUGCGCAACAAGCUUCGACGAGUAGGUGUGCUCAUACUCGUCAAUAUCUCCAAACUAUACGUGAACGCACAUGGGCACAAGGAAACGGACUCAACCGUGUUGGUCAACACGACUACAGGUGCACCGCUGCCGGCAUGGAACAAUCCGAAUGCCACCCGAUUGACUGGGGUGGUGAAGAUGGUUGUGCCAGAACCCCUGAAGUUCGCAGAAGACCUGAAGACCAAAGAGGCAACUGAACAGUUGCUCGCAGAGCUGUCUGGGAUCGCGAAGCCAGGUGUGCGUGCGUCUCUCAUUCCAGACCAGGUUUACCGUUACGAGGCUGAGUUUGGAGAUGACGCAGCGGCCGACCAGGCGAAGCGAAACAUUCCCAGCGACUCGAUUCAAAACAAGAGUGGCGAGGUCCAUUCCUGGUUCAGUCUGGUAGGGGCAGUGCAGCCAAACCGAGAGACGGCGACAGCGGAAGCCAGAAAGAUUGCGCAAGCCAUGAUGGCAGAGGACCUCAAGGCAGUCACGGUCAGGAACAACUUGCUUCUCGAAGCGGCCGGUCGCCUCGAUGCGCAGACCAAGGUCAUCCAGAUUCUUGCGAAAGCUGACGGAGACCAGGAGGAGGUCGAAGAAAACGUUCUUGAUCAAGCUCCUGGACAAGUACGCGUGACCGGGGUCGUUGAGAUGGUAACGGACUACCCGAAAUCCUUCUCUGCAGACCGCCGCUCUGAAGAGGGCCUGCUCCAAGCCAUCGCACAGCUUAGUGGCAUGCCCACCAGCAGCGUUCGUGUGUCCUUGGUGCCAAGUGAGACCCGUGUCGAAUCCUUACUGCAGCAGCCAGCAGAAGGCGAAGAGGUGCCUCCAGAAACGCCAUUGGAUGACAAGGAUGCCUUCAGCAAUGAAGUCUCUGCCUGGUUUGUCAUCACUGUUCCGCCGAACGAUGAAAGAACACCCGAUGAAAUUGCAGAGAAGCUUCGUGACCAGGACUUGACUAUAGCUGGCCUCAAAAUUCAGAACUGCAUCAUGGAUGAGGGCCUGGAUUUGAGUGUCAAGGUCGGCCGUAUCACUGCCAUGGUUCAGACGACGACCACAACAACCCUGGGCACCGGGGUGAUCAAGAAGGUGGAUUUUCACGGAGACGGGUCAGGAGGUGCCGCAGACAACCAGACCUCUGCUGCAGCCGCCGCUGCAGCUGCAAAAACUGUGCCUGGUUCCUCCUCAGUGGUCGGGGCAGAUGCCUCCACUCCGGCGAAAGUGAUUGCGGUGGUUGCCGCCGUCUCCCCCAACGAUGUGGAGCCGCCUACCAUGUCCAAUCCAGGCGGUGGCGAUGAAGAGUCCGAUGAUGAGGAGCAGGGCAGCAAUGUCACGAAGAGUUCGUCGUUGCUUGAGACCGGCACCAAAUCGGAGGCAAGGGGCCUUGUCUACGGCAUGUGGCUCCCGAUCUUCCUGUACUUCGCUUGCACAGAUGCUGCCAAAGACAUUGAAAAGGGCACCGCAGAUCCCGCAGCCAGCAAUGCACUGAGUCAAGACAUUGCCCACCUUUCUGACAAGAUUCGGACGGUCCUUGAGUCAGAGGCGCAGCAGGGCGCGACGAUGAAGGAGCUGGAAGAUCGCGUGGAUGGCAUACUGAAGCUGUCCAAAACUGCGGCCCCGGUUUCGACAUUGCGCGAGUCGGCAGCGCCUUCCUCCUCGGAGGCAGCGGAUGGGCGGACGCCGAGCUCCUCCAACCGCAGCGGCAGCACGGACCGCGAGGUCCGCGACGCGGAGGAACUGCCCGGAUCCGUGGCUUUGCCGCCAGACAAGCUGGGAAAGGCGCCCCUUCCGCCGCCUUUACCUCCUGCAAAUCUCGAGCCGAUUGGGGACGAGGUGGGUCCGCCAAAGAUGUUUGGACCGACCGACAGGCAAUGCGCUGUACUCGAUCCUCCAGAGAAAUGCCUCGCAUUUGUAGACGAGGACGAGUCACAGCGCAACUCCGUUGUGACCUUGCAGAGGAUCCUCUCAAAACGAGAUGUGCAGACGACGGAGCUGCAUCGACAGUUGCGGGACACGCGGCAGCAGUCUGAUCCUAAGUGCACAAGCGAUGACAGCACCGCGGAGAUGGGUCACGGUUUCAUCUUCGAAGCAUGUCACAAUGUGGCCGCAGCGUGGCUGGAGCUCCGAGGCAACCGCGAGGCCGAGCAACGAGCAGCGAGCAUCGGUGAGAUUGCGCGGCUCGAUCGGCUUUUCGCCAUGUCCCGCAGCCCCGCAGCGUUCGCUCUGCUCAAGCGGAGCAGCAGUGGGCCAGCAUUGCAAAGCGUCAACGCGCGCGAAGUGUUCCUGGCACCUGUGCCUGUCUACGACGACGAGGAGGCUAGGGAGGAGCCUGUGUGGGAUGUUGGAACCGGGAGAACCAGCAGUGGUGGCAGUUCGCAUUGCAAUCCCUACGUCAUCGAUUCCUGGCCCUUCGAGCCAAACGUCCUCGCGGCGCGUGCGUCGGUGCCGCCCAAUCUCAACCACUGGGAGGAAGGCGACGACGAGGACGAUGACGUGGAUGAGGAUUUGGACGAGGAUGAGCAUCCCCACUGGCAAUGGGAUGGGCCCGCGGAUCCGGACGAGGACACCUCAAGCCUGGAGCCAGAACGGAUGAAGGCCUAA